UGAGUAUUUGUGAAGUUUUUGGAGACCGAUAGCAAAAUAUGUCGGAUGAAAAAUACUUAUCACUUGGUAUUAUUAGAGAAACUAGAAGUCACUGGGAAAGGAGGACUCCUAUCGUUCCAGAUCAUGUAAGGAAAUUGGUAGAGUUAGGAAUAAAAGUUUAUGUUCAACCCUCGAAGCUUCGUAUUUUUCCUGAUGAGGCAUAUGAAGAGGCUGGAGCUACUGUAACAGAAGACUUGAGUGUUUGUGGGACAAUUUUGGGAGUAAAGCAGGUUUCAGUUGCUUCGCUGCUUCCUCAAAGAACUUUUUGUAUGUUUAGUCAUACUAUCAAAGCACAGCCAGAAAAUAUGCCUUUACUAGAUGCAGUAUUAGAGAGGAAAGUUCGUCUCAUUGAUUACGAAGCCAUAGUUGAAGUUUCCCUUGAUCCUUCUGAAGGAAAACUUCCAGGGAAGAGGCUUGUUGCUUUUGGAAGAUUCGCAGGUUUGGCAGGAACUAUAACCUUUUUAAGAGGUCUUGGUGAACGUCUGUUGGCGCUGAGAUACAACACUGCAUUUCUUCAUAUGGGAUCAGCGUAUAUGUAUCCAGACUUGGAAACUGCCAAAGAUGCUGUUAUACGUGUUGGAAGAAUGAUAGAAGAGAGAGGUCUACCAAAAGAGUUGUGUCCAUUUAUUUUUGCAGUCACUGGAAACGGCAGAGUUAGUCAAGGGGUCCAAGAAAUAUUGACUUUGUUGCCUUGUAUGAAAGUGAAUGUGGAGGAUUUAGCAACUCUUUCAUGCUCAUCAGUAACGGAAGAUAUGAGACGUCGAAUAUAUUAUUGUGUUGUCACAACUGAACAUAUGGUGACUCCAGUAGAUUCUAAUAUGAAGUUUUCCAAGUCUGAUUAUUAUUGUAAUCCUUCCCGCUAUAAACCCAUUUUUCACGAAGUAGUUGCACCUUAUGUCUCAGUUAUUGUACAUGGUUCUUAUUGGGAUAUGUCUUUUUGUCGUUUACUUACUGACAACCAACUACAAAGCAUUGUAACUUUGCAAUCUCAACAAAGAAAGAGAAAAUUGAUUGGAAUAUGUGAUAUUACUUGUGAUCAUGAGGGUGCCAUUGAAUCUCUUAAGAAAUUCACAAGUAUUGAAGAUCCCUUUUAUAUAUAUGAUCCUAUCAGCAAGGAUUGUUUGGAUGACCUGAGUAGUCUUCCGGAUCGGGGUAUUCUAUUUCAUGCAACAGAUAACUUACCUGCAGAGUUAGCAAAAGAGUCUUCGGAACAUUUUAGUAAUUCUCUUAUGUCCUUUUUACCUAAGUUGGCAACUCAUGUGCCUAACAAGUCCACAGAAUUGAAUUUUGACGACUUACCUUUAGAGUUGCAACGAGCUUGUAUAGCCACAAAUGGUAAAUUAACUCCUCACUUUUCCUAUAUAUCUCGUUUGCGAGAAAUUCAUGAAGCGAAACCAAGCGAGUCACAAAGGUUUCACCGACAAGUGUUACUUAAAGGACACUUAUUUGACUCUAGAGCUAUUAACGAAGCAUUGGAUAUUAUUGAGGAAGAGCAUUGUAGUUUUGAAAUUCUCCGUUGGUCAAUAGGACAAACUAGGAAUAUGCCAUCCACUUUAUUGUUACGUUUAGACGCCAAUUCUGAGGAACAAGCAGAAUUGGUUAUGAAGAAGUUGGAAAUAGUAUCUGUAAAAGACAGCAAUAUCUUAAAAGAAACAUCUCAGACAACACUACAAGUCAAGGAUGUAUACGAGAAGAGUCAUUCAUGUUCUCCAAAAGUACUCGUUUUGGGUUCUGGAAGAGUAGCUGCUCCAUUGAUAGAUUAUUUAGCAGAUAAGGAAGGAUAUGAAUUGACUAUUGCAAGUAACGAACCUCAGGCAGCUAUUCAACUUGCCAGAAAUAGACCCAAUAUUCAGACGAUGUACUUGACUAUGGAAGAUAUGAAAGUCGUGAAGGAGUUGAUUGAGCAUCAUGAUGUGGUGGUUAGUCUAUUGCCGUCGCAAUUUCAUGCAAAUAUUGCCCGUUUAUGUGUUGAAAUUGGGAAACACUUUGUAACAGCUUCCUAUGUAUCCGCAGAAAUUCAGAAAUUGGAUCCAACUGCAAAGGAAAGAAAUGUUAUGCUCGUGAAUGAAGUGGGUUUAGAUCCAGGAAUCGAUCAUAUGCUUGCACAUAAGCUCAUUGCACAUGUUCGUUCCCAAAAUGGAGAAAUAGUAUCUUUUCAUUCUUGGUGUGGAGGCUUACCUGCGCCUCAGUGUGCACAUUCCAAUCCAUUUCUUUACAAGUUCAGUUGGAGUCCAAAGGGUGUUUUAGUUGCUAGCCAAGCGGAUGCGAAAUUCAAAAAAGAUGGUAAACUGAUUCAAGUUUCAGGAAAAUAUUUGAUGACUUGUGCGAGACCAGUUGGAAGCGAUGUAUUUCCAGAUGUUCCUCUUCCAUUGGAAGUUUUACCUAAUCGUGACUCUACUCUGUAUAUCGAAGAGUAUCAAAUACCGGAAGCAGAAACAGUAUUAAGAGGCACAUUGCGAUACGAAGGCUUUUGUCAGGUGAUGCAUGGUUGCACAGCAGUAGGCCUAUUAGAAACUACCAAAAAUGACUUUCUUUUGCGUUGUGUUGUGGGAAACGUUGAUCAACAACAUUUACGAGAAGAAGCUAGAAGCUUGAUUGCUUCUCACUGGGAAUACGGAAGACAGUUGUUGGAGGAUCAUCAGUUAUCCGAUUGUCAAGCAGACAAAGCCAUGGAGGCCUUGGAGUGGCUUGGCUUAUUUGAUGGCGAACUUUGUCAACUACUGAAAGACACAGAAAGUCCUGUCGAUGCUUUGGCUACGAUAUUGGAAAAUUCAGUAUCGACUGAAAAACUCUCAUGCAAUGCAUACGGUUACAGCAACUUUAAGUGAAGUGGGAGACAUGCAGUGGAAUAGAGAAGCAUACAAAUAUACAGCAAUGGCGAGGACAGUUGGAAUAACAUGUGCUAUGGCAGUCAAACUUGUCAUAGAAAAGAAAAUUUCAGGAUUGGGU